UGAUUUUUGGACGUUUUGAAUGUUUAUUGCGGUGCAGUGUGAUGCUUCAUUUUUUUAAAGCAGGUCUCUUUCAUGUUGAUUUCUAACAUAAAGACCUGGCUUGCUUAGCGUCAGAUUUCCCGGCCGGGGUCAUCAGCUUCCGGCUUGCUCCCGUGGCUUUGCCGUUACACACUUGCGUACUUUUAUACGAUUUUUUUUAUAAUUUCCUAGUACGUAGUACGAACACAUAAUUCCAGCAAGCGUCGACUGUAAUAACCGCGGGAACUGGCCGAGAAGCUGUCACUGUCAACCAGAUGCUGGAUCUCAGUAGCUCUGGUAAUAUAUCCCGGGGAAGGAUUUCAGUGUUUUUUCUUGAAAGAACGAGAAGCGUCAGAAGUUGAAUGUGUUUUUACUCGUCUGAAAUGGUACAUGAUUUUUAUAGCAACCGACUUUCACUACUAUCGCUUUUUUUUUUUUUUAAAUCUAUUUUCUCGGGUUUUUCGUCUUCAUUUUUUCAGAUUGCAACAACCGUCUUUCGUUUUUGUCUAUUCUCUCGGUUUCUAAAGCCUUCGUAUGCGUAGUUUUAUCGGCGAAUUUCCAGCUGGGUGGAAUCUAUUGUUUCCCCGUGUCUGGUGAGAGUUUCAGACAUUCCAUUCGUCUUGAGAGCUUGCUUGUCUCGAGAAUUUUCUUUUGCAGAACUCGGGGAUCCCAUUUAUACUUGUUGAAGUUUCAUUGAGUGGGGAUAUUCGGCGAGAAUUGAUUAUUUUCGGCAGUGACGACCACCGUAAUUCUGAAUGCUGGUGCUCAGUAGUUGAUACCUUGACGCUAUGUUUUAUCUAUUUCCUAAGAAAUUUGGUCGUGGAAUUGGACAAGGAAAGUUCUCUGAUUCGGAUAAGCUGCAAUUGCCGCUUGAGCAGUCUAAAUUCUCUAGGUGUUCAAAAUUCUAGGUGUAAUUCUUGGAAAAACUCCAGAAGAGAAGAGAUUGGAGAUAGAAGUGGUUCAUGUUAUAAUUUCGUUAGUUAAGCUUUGUUUAUCCGAAUGGAAUGGCUCCUAAGUUUCUAAGUUAAAAAAUUAGGGCUUCAUAAAAGAACUGCAAUUCGUUGCAUUUGGCGGAAACAGAUAUCGAGAACUUUGGGAUUCAGUAUCUGGAUCCAAUAAGGAUGUGCUCGUUACUUGCAGAACAGAGAUUGUCUCCGCUAUUCCAUCUUGUUUUUGUUUGGCCCGGUGUAGCUCCAAGAAAAUUAGGGUUUCGUUUAUCAAGAAAGUGUCCCGGGAGUUGAUGUGGGGGAAUGCAUCAGGACUUUUUCUGGUAAUAGAAGAUUCAAGUAGUUGUUAUAAUGCGUAAACUAAUGGUAAUGGGUUUGGAGCUUUUCUUCUGGUUAAGGACUUAAGCAGUUUGUAGACAGUAGUGGUUUCUGAAGCGGAAAGUAAUCCAGUUUUACUCAGAUUCCUCAUACUGGAAAAAGGAAGGAAAAGUGCUGGUAGUUGAUUUUAAUUGUGGUUUUAAGCAGCACUACGCCAUGAAGGCGCCAUCUAAUGGGUUUGCUGCAACUUCCGGAGAAGGUGAAAGAAAGAGUAAAAAUUCGGAGUUGUGGCAUGCUUGUGCAGGACCACUGGUGUCUUUGCCUCCAGUUGGUAGUCUUGUGGUUUACUUCCCACAAGGCCACAGCGAGCAGGUUGCAGCUUCGAUGCAAAAAGAGACUGACAGCAUUCCAAGCUAUCCCAACCUUCCCUCAAAGUUGAUUUGUGUGCUACACAAUGUCACCUUACAUGCUGAUCCUGAAACUGAUGAGGUUUAUGCGCAGAUGGCUCUUCAACCUGUAAAUAAAUAUGACAAGGAAGCAUUAUUGGCAUCGGACAUGGGGCUCAAGCAAAGCAAGCAACCCACUGAGUUCUUUUGCAAAACACUUACAGCUAGUGAUACGAGCACUCAUGGUGGAUUUUCUGUACCUCGCCGGGCAGCAGAGAAGAUCUUCCCACCUCUAGAUUUUUCAAUGCAACCCCCAGCCCAGGAACUAGUAGCGAGAGAUUUGCAUGAUGUUGCAUGGACAUUCAGACAUAUCUAUCGUGGUCAACCAAAAAGACACUUGCUGACUACAGGUUGGAGUGUGUUUGUUAGCACAAAAAGACUCUUUGCUGGUGAUUCUGUUCUUUUUAUAAGAGAUGAAAAGUCACAGCUUCUCCUGGGUACAAGGCAUGCAAGCAGACAGCAACCAGCCCUUUCGUCAUCAGUCAUAUCUAGUGAUAGCAUGCAUAUUGGAAUUCUUGCUGCUGCCGCCCAUGCUGCUGCAAAUAACAGUCCAUUUACAAUAUUUUAUAACCCAAGGGCCAGUCCUUCAGAAUUUGUAAUUCUGUUAUCAAAAUAUAAUAAAGCAAUGUACACCCAAGUUUCUCUUGGGAUGAGAUUUAGGAUGAUGUUUGAGACUGAGGAAUCAGGGGUACGCAGAUACAUGGGGACAAUAACAGGUAUCAGUGAUUUGGAUCCUGUGAGAUGGAAAAAUUCACAAUGGCGCAACCUUCAGGUUGGAUGGGAUGAAUCAACAGUUGGUGAACGUCCAAGCCGAGUUUCAAUUUGGGAUAUUGAGCCUGUUGCAACUCCAUUCUACAUUUGCCCACCUCCAUUUUUCAGGCCAAAAUUCCCUAGACAAUCAGGGAUGCCAGAUAGUGAAUCUGACGUAGAGAAUGUUUUCAAGAGGGCAAUGCCUUGGCUUGCAGAUGAUUUUGGYAUGAAGGAUACUCAGAGCCCAAUCUUCCCUGGCUUGAGUCUGAUCCAGUGGAUGAAUAUGCAGCAGAAUCCYCAGUUUUCAGUUGCUCAGUCAGGAUUCUUCCCAUCCAUGGUUUCCUCUUCUGCACUCCAUAAUAAUCUUAGCACCGAUAACCCCUCUAAAAUGCUAAACUUUCAAGCCCACAGCUUGUCUGCACCAAAUUUCCAGUUCAAUAUUCCAAAACUAAAUCAAUAUAACUCACAAGUUCAUCAGUUACAGCCACAACCCCUGUCAUGGCCUCAACAGCAGCAGCAGACUCUUAUUGGUCCACAGCAGCAGCAACACCCUCAGCCACAGCAGCCAAACAACCAACAACAGCAACAACUGCAGCAGCAGAAGCAACAACAUGAUCAACAACAGCAACAGCAGCUUCUUCGAGCAGCUAUUACUAGUCCCAGUAUAGUUGCCCCAAACCAGAUUCCACAUCAAACCCUGCAGCCACCAAUUCUUUCCUCUCAAGUUCAACAACAUGCAUCACCCACACCCAACAACCAAUCACAACAGAACAUCCAAGCCACUAACCAGGGUUCCCUUCAACCAGCAUCUUUACCGCAAGAGUUGCAGAUCCAACAGCAAGUUGAACAGCAACAGAACCUCUUGCAGAGGCAGACGCAGCAGCAACCACAGCUGCAACAAUCAUCAUUAUCUCAGCAGCAGCUUCAGCUACAAUUGCUGCAUAAAUUACAACAGCAGCAACAGUUACUUUCCCAUGUUAGCCCACUAUUACAGCCUCAGCUGCAACAGCAACAUCAAGCCCAUCAACAAGACCAGCAAUUCCAACAACAGCAGUCAUUGCCAUUGCAACAGCAGCAACUAAGUAACACCACUGACUUGUGUCGACAUCCCCCAGAUCAACCAAAACAGUUCCCAUCAAAUCUAGGCCAGCAUAAACAACCUAUCACAAUCAGAGGUCAUUCUGGUCUUACUGAUGGGGAUGCACCCUCUUGUUCGGCAUCACCAUCUACUAAUAACUGUCAUGUUUCUUCAUCAAGCUUCUUGAACAGAACACAUCAAGUCACAGAUGUUAUGGGAGAGGGCAUGAUGGUUCAUUCUACAGCUAAUCCUCUUCAGGAGCUUCAGAGCAAGUCUGAUAUCCAAGUCAAACAUGAACUGGCAAAUCUGAAAGAACCAGAGCAGCUUGCACAUAAAGGUAUCAUUACAGAUCAGUUGGAUGCAUCCUCAUCUGCAACUUCAUAUUGUUUGGAUGGGAGCAGUAGCCUCCUGCAAAAUUUCUUGCUACCCAACUUCUGUUUGGAAGGGGAGUCUCAAGCAGACCCUCCAAACAAUCUUCUCUUUGGAGUGAACAUUGAUGGUUUGACACCAGACACUUUGCUAUCAAGGGGGUUUGGCUCUGGGAAGGAUCUUCAAAACUUGAUAUCUAGCUAUGGUGGCACUCAAAGAGAUAUUGACACGGAGUUAUCUACUGCUGCAAUUAGUUCUCAGUCAUUUGGGGUGCCAGACAUGUCAUUCAAGCCUAGCUGUUCCAAUGAUGCUGCUGUCAAUGAGACUGGAGCUUUUAAUAGGGGAUUGUGGACUAGCCAGACACCUCAGCGAUUGCGAACAUUCGCAAAGGUCCAAAAGCGUGGCUCUGUGGGAAGAUCCAUUGAUGUUACACGAUACAGUGGGUAUAAUGAGCUCAGGCGUGACCUGGCACACAUGUUUGGGAUUGAAGGGCAGUUGGAAGAUCCACACAGAACUGAGUGGAAAUUGGUCUAUGUGGAUCAUGAAAAUGACAUUCUUCUUGUUGGAGAUGAUCCAUGGGAGGAAUUUGUAAGUUGUGUUCAGAGCAUAAAGAUACUGUCAUCUACUGAGGUCCAGCAGAUCAGUCUGGAUGGUGAUCUGGGCAACAUGCGAGAUCAGGCUUGUAGCGGGUCUGAUAGCGGGAAUGCAUGGAAGUGACAAUUUGAUGACAAUUCUUCUACGUCUUUUGACCAGUAAGGAUGGUCAGGGUGUAAAAAGGAAUGGCGGACCUUCUGGCCUUGUCAAUUUACCUUGGUGAGGAUAGUCGCAUUCAAACCUGGAAGGCUGAAUUGCAUUGCUGAUACUCUUGGUUGGAAACCGUCUAUAAAAGGUUGGAUUAGCUAUAAUAUUAGUACAAGGAAUCGUUCUGACGCCACAUACAGGGAUGUGGAUAGCAUACUAUAAAUUGUUUUUUUGUCUCCUCUUUCUGUGCAUCUUCAUGUCAGAGAGAGAGAGAACCUUGCUUUCUUCAAUUCUAACAUCUGUUUGUCACAUACAUUUAAAUACAACAGGGAACUAUGGAGAUAGAACGUGGUUCCUGGCUUUCAAAUGUAUUCAGAUAUACAUGGCAAUUUCUUAUUUUCUGUAAAAAAUUGGAUAAUGCAUGUUACCCAGAAAGUUUUAACUGUAAGUACAACUUUUUUUGGGCUGGGAUAACGUACGUGUUAUCUUGAAAUAAGAAAGCCAGGAAAUUAGCAUACCUUCUCUCAUUCUUGAA